UGUAAUUUAAAUGAAAAUUCUAACUAUAAUCGAAGAAUCUUCGAUUUUCGAACUUGAUUAUAAUCUAUGAUUUAACAAAUUUACAGUCAAUGAUUUCAAGUCAAAUAAAUUAUUAGUCCCAAUAAUUACUCAAUAAACGUUUAAAUGCCACACGUUUGACAUUCUUUCUAGACUUAUCAAGCUGUAUUGCGUUAGAAACAUUCAGAAACAAACAAUUUGCAAAAUGAUGGACAGCAGGAAAGCAAUAGUCGCAUUUUUCUUGAAUAAGUUUAGAUUAAUUCUUUUAGAACCCGGAAAACGUGAUUAUAAAACAUAUUUGUUACUAAUAUUUGUUCUGGCAUCACAUGCUGUUCAAAUAUGUUUUGGCGGAUUGCUAGUGGCAAAAAGUGAUGAAUUUCUUAUAAUGGCUAAAGGUGUUAAAACUAUCAUAGUAAAUUUUCAAGUGGGUAAAAUAAUGGCAGGUAUUCGUGAAGAUGACAUUGACUACUUACUUAAAAAUACUGAAAAGUUCUGGAAUUCUGACUCUACUGAUAAAAUGUACAAGUUUGCACUUCGAGGUGCACAAGCAUUUCAGUAUCUUGUUUGUGCAGCAUAUUUUGCCAUUUUAGUUAUACCCAUUAUUCUUGGCAGACUCCCGUUUGAUAUUUAUGUACCUGAAUUUCAUGGUGCAUUCAGGCUGAAUGCAGCAUUGCAAUUUCUGCAAUUUUUGUACACACUGGUAAUUGUGGUCACCAUUGACUGUUUAUUUCUGUGCCUUUCGCUCUUUGUCUUAGGACAAUUUCGAUUAUUAAAUAAACGUCUUGAGAGUUUGGGCAAGAAUGAGAACACUAUGUAUGAAGAAGCAAAACUUUGUGUUAGACAUCACGACUUUUUAUUGCAAUACACAGAAAGAUAUGCAGGCAUGUUUAGUUAUGCCUUACUAUGCCAAUAUUGUAUCACAACUUUGAGCGCUUGUGUAGAAAUGUUUGUCUUCACUAAGCAAAAUUUGCUAGGAAUGGCAGUAAGCUGUAUCUAUUUAAUUGCGUUGUUGUUUCAACUGGCUAUGUACUGUUUUCCGGCAGAAAUGGUUAUUCAAGAGGCAUUACAUACAAGUCAAGCUAUAGUCAACUCGAAGUGGUAUGAGCAUCUACGUUUUGCAAAAAUAUAUGUUGAAAAUAUAAUUCGUCGCUCGCAACAAAUUAUAGUUUUCAGCGCUGCUGGAUUGUUUGAUAUAAACCGUUCAGCAUUUACCACGAUUUUCCAGUCGUCCGUGUCCUUUUAUACCUUAAUGCGCGACAUAGCAAACACAUUAGAUUAAUAUAUCUUCAAAGCGAUUUAAUAGUCAAAAUAUUGGUUUCUUUUGUAUCACAUACAAAUAUAUCUCUGAUAUAUGUGUUUGUCGAUUUUACCAAUUAAACUCUAAAAUAUAUCUCCCACACAAUUAAACACACACUAUAUGCAUUUAUAAUAAACAUAUUCGCAAGGGUGCAUUUCACUAAUGAAGAAAAUGAUAAGCGCACUUGGUGCAAAGUAACUAAGAAUGUCGCCGAUUCACAAGCGCCCGUAAUACCCAAGAACUUUCAGGCUUGUUUCUACCAAACAACUCGCAGUAUGAACAAUCUGUUAUGCCCAACAUGACGUGAUGUCACACGGAAGUGCAUUGUGCACACUCACUACUACCAACAAAACGAAGCAUCGAGAAACACAUUUCGAAUUUUGUGCAGAUAUAAGCCUAUUAGCGCCAUCUAUGGGUGCAUUAGAUUGUUAUAUUUAGAAAUGAUACACACAGCGUAUGAGGCCACACGAUCGCAUUUAUCACAAUCUGCUAUACAGGCACGAGUUUAAAUAUUUAUAUCAAUUCAAUAUCACUCAUGCUAGAAACGAUUUAUGUAUGACCACUGUUUAAAAUUAAAUGCAAAAUGAUAAGCAAAAUAUAA